AUCCAGCUAACAUUCCUGUAACCAUGACAUAAAGUUGAGGGGUGAACAAUUCGAAUUGUUAAUUCUCUUAGCAUUUUCCACUAUGGCUUCAUCUUUCUCUCCUUCCUCCUCUCUUUUCUUCCAUUUAACCUUUAGUAGUAUGAUCAUAGUCUGUAUCCUUUUAAUUACAACUGCUAAUCCAGUUUUAGGGUCGUCGUAUUACAAAUCCAUCUUCAGCUUUGGAGAUUCGCUCGCUGACACCGGGAAUACUCUCUACAACAAACCAAAUGCAUAUGUUUCCAGAUUACCCUACGGAGAGACCUACUUCCAUCGAGCCACCAGUCGCUUCUCUGAUGGACGUGUAGUUCUUGAUUUCAUUGCCGAUGCUGUAGGACUGCCGCUGCUACCGCCAUAUCUUGGAAGCAGCAAUAAGGAUUUACGUCAGGGGGUGAACUUUGCCGUUGGGGGAGCUACAGCUUUGGAUUCUUCAUUUUUUGAAGAAAGAAAGAUUAAUGUUGUUACCAAUGACUCUCUUGGAGUUCAACUCGAAUGGUUCAAACAGCUUUUGCCUUCCCUUUGCAAUCCAUCUUCAG